AUGGCGUCACUUGAGCAGAUGUCGGCCAUGGCCGGUGAACCUGAUCUGGUCAUUCCGCUGAACUACUUCGAUAACAACACCAUGUUCACGAGUAUCACCAUGCACGCAAUCAUGGUCUACGACGAGGUGCUAGAUCCCGACAAGCUUCGUUCAAGUCUUUCCCAACUGAUAGGACGGGAAACAUGGCAAAAACUGGGUGCAAGAUUGGAAAAGGGAGUAAGUCUAUCAGCCAUUCAAUCUCGAGAAUACCUACAAGCGGAUGCUGACGCGCGACAGCAAAACGGACCUGAAUAUCGUGUCCCACGGAAAUUCUCCACCGCCCGCCCGGCGGUCGCGUAUACACAUGUUUUGCAUGACAUGGCAAAAGCAGACCACCCCGCCGCUUCUCGCAUACCCAGCUCGAAGUCAGCACCCUUAGAACGUCCUGCGCUCGUAGGAAAUCCUGAAGAUUGGAGCGAACUAUGCUGUGGCGCUGACUCGCCGAAAACGAUUUCAGACUAUGUGGGCUCGGAUCGGCCCGUCACUGGUCUCCGCGUAGUGUCAUUCAAAGAUGCCACCAUUGUCAACAUUCACUGGCUCCAUCUCGCGGCCGAUGCCAUGGCCCUCAAGGCUAUACUGGACAACUGGGUGUUGGUUCUUCAAGGGCGCGAAGCGGAGAUUCCGCUCCAGCUUGGUUUCGACGAGGACCCGCUGCGCGAGCUGGGACUUCACCCCACAGAGGCGUACGAACUCGCAGGUUCUGAGCUGUCAAAGUGGGGUACAUUGUCGUAUGCGCUGAGAAAUGGCUACAGUAUCGCUUUAGGAAAGAAAGAAAACCGGACGGUCUGUAUUCCAGCCGCCUUCUUGGAAAAGCUUCGUAAAACCGCACUCCAGGAGCUGAGAGAUGAGGGCGCAAAAGAUCCAUUCCUGACUGAUAACGACGUCAUCACAGCCUGGUUCUCGCGUCUUGCCUUCUCCCACUUGCCUCCUGAAAAGCCUGUGACCAUUAUGCAAGCCAUGUCUAUGCGGCGCGCACUCGAGCGGGACCUCUUACCUCCAGGCAGGCCCUUCGUCUCCAACUGCCACAGCUUCACGAGUGUCCUGGGAACUAAAAAGGAGAUUGAUCAGUCGUUGGGACGUUUGGCAGGAGACAUCCGGCGGGGCAUCAACAAGCACGGCACACGCGAGCAGGUGGAAGCGUUUUGCAGUAUGGUCCGGAGUAAUGCGUGGCCAUUGGGUCCCAUGCCUAUAUUCUUUGGCCGAGCGAACAUGCACCACAUAGGAUUUUCGAAUUGGAAAAAGGUCAAGGCAAACUUGACAGAUCUCUCGGCGGCAUGUGUCACCAAGAGAGACAUCCCUCUAUACCCAUCUUUUGUUUCGCAAAUCCAGGGCGGCAUCGCUUAUCCAGAUGGCUUCAUCAUUACCGGGCAGGACACUGAGGGUAAUUAUUGGCUCGAGGGAUACCGGCCCGGCGGGCUGUGGGCGCACGUAGAGAAGUUGCUAAAGGCCGACAUCUAG